AUGGAUGCUGGAACCAUGAGCGUAAGCGACAAAAGGGGCUACCUAGCCGACCUGGGGGGAGGCUUCACUGAGGAUGCACCCAGGCCUCCAGUCCCAGGGGAGGAAGGUGAGCUUGUGUGCAGUGACGGACGCCAAUGCAGCAACUUAGGCUUCUCGACAAAGAAUGAGAGCCUCAAAUGUGAGGCGUCUGUGGCUACACCCAGGCGACCCGACUUGGACCUGGGUUAUGAGCCGGAGGGCAGUGCCUCUCCGACACCACCCUACAUAAAGUGGGCAGAAUCUCUUCACUCCCUCCUGGAUGACCAGGAUGGCAUCCACUUGUUUCGGAUGUUUCUCAAGCAGGAGGAGUGCGCGGAUAUGCUGGACUUCUGGUUUGCAUGCAGUGGGUUUCGCAAACAAGAAGCUAAUGAGGGUAACGAAGAGAAGAAGCUCAAACUGGCAAAAGCUAUCUAUAAGAAAUUUGUCUUGGACAACAAUGGGAUCGUUUCCAGACAGAUCAAACCAGCCACCAAGUCCUUCAUUAAAGACUGUGUGAUGAAGCUUCAUAUUGAUCCAGCAAUGUUUGACCAGGCUCAGACUGAGAUACAGACUAUCAUGGAGGACAACACCUACCCCUUAUUCCUCAAGUCUGACAUUUAUUUGGAAUAUACACGGACAGGAGGAGAGAGCCCUAAGCUGUUCAGUGAUCAGAGCUCUGUUUCUGGGAAAGGACUGUCGGGUUACUUGCCGACUUUAAAUGAAGAUGAGGAAUGGAGAUGUGACCAUGAGGCAGAGGAGCAGACCGAGAGUGACCCCACACCGAGCAACCGGCUUACCAAGAAGCUGCUGAUGGAGACUGCGACGCAGCGAGUUUGCAACAUUGCGAGAUUCCAGGACAGUCACGAGUACAGGCCCGCUGCAUGUCGGGAGCCCAUCAACCCGUACUACGUCAACUCCGGUUACGCCCUGGCCCCUGCCACCAGCGCCAAUGACAGUGAGCAGCAGAGUUUGUCCAGUGACGCAGACACGAUUUCCCUUACCGACAGCAGCGUAGAUGGGGUACCACCCUACAGAUACCGCAAACAGCAUCGCCGGGAGAUGCACGAAAGUGCCAAAGCAAAUGGGCGAGUGCCACUACCUCAUAUUCCACGCCCAAACCGGAUUCCAAAGGACAUUCAUGUGGAGCCAGAGCGUUUCGCUGCAGAGCUGAGCAGCAGACUGGAGGGGGUGCUGAGGGAGAGAGAGGCUCAGGAGAAACUUGAGGAGCGACUGAAGAGAGUUCGAUUGGAAGAGGACGGUGAUGAAAUCAUGCCCACAACCACAACAUCAGCUGGUCACAGGUUCCUUCCUGGUGCUUAUCCGCAGAAUCACAGCUCCCGCUACACUGACAUCACCUACAAUGGGGCUUUUCUGAGAGACGCUCACGAGGAGAACCCAGAGAGUAUCCUGGAUGACCACGUCCAGCGGGUCAUGAAAACCCCUGGCUGCCAGUCACCCGGGGCAGGUCGCCACUCGCCCAAGUCACGCUCACCCGACAGCUUCCCAGGGGGCAAAGGGAUUGGACUGGGAAUGCCGCUGUCAUCAGGACAGGGCAAACACCCAUCCAGACACGGCCUGAAGGGAGAGAGCAGCCACCUGUACCACCACAAACACGUGCAUCACAUCAACCAGGCAGGCAUCGGAAAGCCCAAAGAGCAGGUGGAGGCGGAGGGAGCCAUGCGUGCGCACGGCACCUUUCCCUGGGGAGUGGAGACGAGUCAUUAUGGAUCAAGGUCUCGCAGCUACGCUGAUGGCAUGGGAUCCAACUCCAUGGAGCAUUCAGGGUUUGUUAGCAAAGGUGGCCCACAGUGUAAAAAGGUGUACAGGAAAGGUGAGGAUGUGCGGCCUUAUGACAUGGUGGGAUCCGGAGAAGAGUUGGAGAAAAACCAGAAGAUCCUUUUGUGGCUGAUGGAGGGACAGAAAGAAAUGGUUCAGCAAAAGAGAAGCCCGUACGGGAGCACCACUGGAUCCAAGAGGACCACAGCCCAUGAGGGAUCCCGCCUCGGCUCGGUGGAGAGACCAGGCUCGGUGUACCCGUGUGGCGGCGCCCAGCUGCGGAACAAAGCGCAGCCGUCACAUCCGUUCAUCCAGGAUCCCACCAUGCCCCCCAACCCAGCUCCCAGCCCCCUUAUCCAGCUGGAGGAGGUUUGCCGGCGGCUUGAAGAGGAGAAGAUAAAAUCUGGAACUCUACAGCCCAAGCAAAGGUACGUGAUGGAGGUGAUCCAGAGGGGUCGAACCGCGGUGAGGCCGGCACUGUUCCCUCCGCUCAGCGUGGUGCCCGCCGUCUCUGACAGCGAGCUCUCCGAGCCUGAACAUAAAGCCAGUAAGAAGCAGCCGUGUGAAAACACAGUGGUGGCAUAUUACUUCUGUGAGGAGCAGAUUCCAUACAGGACGUCUGUCAAAGGCAGAGUCGUCACUCUGGGCCAGUUCAAAGAGCUGCUCACAAAGAAAGGAAAUUACAGGUAUUAUUUCAAGAAGGUGAGCGACGAGUUUGACUGCGGGGUGGUGUUUGAAGAGGUGCGCGAAGAUGAUGCCAUCUUGCCCAUUUUUGAGGAGAAGAUUAUCGGGAAAGUCGAAAAGAUUGAUUGA